CACAUCGGCUUGUCGUAGGCUUCUCUUCUUGACCAACAGCAACCCAACAAACUUGAGAGAUGGCACCCAAGAAGGCCAAGAGGAGGCAGCAGCAGGGUGAGGGCGGAUCCUCCAACGUGUUCUCCAUGUUUGAGCAGAGCCAGAUCCAGGAGUACAAGGAGGCUUUCACAAUCAUCGACCAGAACAGAGACGGAAUCAUCAGCAAGGAUGACCUGAGGGACGUGCUGGCCACCAUGGGCCAACUGAACGUGAAGAAUGAAGAGCUGGAGGCCAUGGUGAAGGAGGCCAGCGGCCCCAUCAACUUCACCGUCUUCCUCACCAUGUUUGGCGAGAAGCUGAAGGGCGCCGAUCCCGAGGAUGUCAUCGUGAGCGCUUUCAAAGUCCUGGACCCUGAGGCCACCGGCUCCAUCAAGAAGGAAUUCCUUGAGGAGCUCCUGACCACCCAGUGCGACAGGUUCACCGCUGAGGAGAUGACCAACCUGUGGGCCGCUUUCCCCCCUGAUGUGGCUGGCAACGUGGACUACAAGAACAUCUGCUACGUCAUCACACACGGAGAGGACAAGGAAGAAUAAACCUGCCUCACAAAAAAAACCCAAAACAAAACAAAACAAAACCCUCCACCUCACUUCCGCGGCCGAACCUUACCGAACCGUCCUCACGCACCCGCUCAGUUACGCUUGCCAGCUCACUUGGGAAAAGACUUGUCUCCUUUAUCGAGACGCUCACAGUGAGAGGACCUGAAGGCUUCGGUGGUGUUUGCGUGUGAGCACCAACGUGGGAUUAUUUGCAAAUCGUCAAAACAUAAUAAUCUCGCUACAUCUCCGUCCCCGCCGCUUUACCGUCCAUUGUGUUCAUAAUUGCGAGUUAAGGCCAGCAGUGCGUGCAUCACACCUACACUACGCGUUCGCAGUCCGGUGCUCCUACAGAAUGUGAUGCGUGCACAGCCACUUACUUGAAACAAGUAAGCAGUCUGACCCACUUGGUCUGUUAGUCUCAACCUCGCUUGGAUUUUCAGUGGAGGUGUCGUUAUUUUGUGGAGGAAGAGUGGGGGUCUUGCACUAAAAUAGUCAGCCCUCCGCCCCCAGUCUUUCUCCCGUAAGGACAGGUCAAGUUGCGGGGACGACAGAGAUGCUCGAAAGAUGACGAAGGGGCAGGAAGGAAAGAAGCAAAAGUAAAACUGACCUCUUUCUUCCUCUCCACCCUCGCUGCUGUUUCCAACCUGUUGUUGUGACUGCAUGUGUCUCCGCUGUAACAAAGAAAGAAGUACAAAUAA